CUCUCUAGCGGUCAUACGACAAAGAGGCUCCGUGACGCGCCCCUAAUUUCUGCUUAUGUCAGGGCCCCACUUGUACAUGCUUCAUCUCUCUCUUUUCAUUAUCUAGCAUAUCCACGAGCAGGACGCUGAAGAAUGGCAGCGCCUUUGUAUACCACCGCCUCUGGUCUUCUCUUUCAUGCCGGAAAGAUCCUGGUCAUCACCGUCGGCUUACCAGCACGAGGCAAGACGCAUAUAUCUCGGGCUCUGGAACGAUAUCUGCGAUGGAUGGGAGUAAAGACACAGGUCGUAUCACUAGGAGACUAUCGAAGGAAAACUUUGGGCGGUGCUCAGAAGCUUCCGCCGGAUUACUUUACACUGGGCGAAAAGAGCCCUGAGACCAUCGCGCUUCGCAAGAAGGUCUCCGAUGGCUGCGAAAAACUUAUAUGGGAUUUCUUCGAGACUGGACAGGUCGUGAUCUACGAUGCGAACAACGGGAGCCGGGCUGCUAGACAGGCGUUGGCCGAGAAAUUCAAUAAAGCUGGAAUUCAUGUCGUUAUUCUUGAAUCUCUGUGUGAUAACAAGGAGAUCAUUGAGAACAAUAUUCGAAGUGUAAAGAUUUCUUCGCCAGACUAUCGUGGAUGGGACCAGGACAAGGCUGUGAAAGACUACUAUACGCGGAUUAAUGACCACGAGAAACAUUAUGAGCCUGUGGAAGAGACAACAUGGCCGUACAUACGAAUUCUCAACGUUGGAGAAAAGAUAAUGGUCAACAAUAUUAAGGGCUAUCUUCAAUCUCGUAUCGUCUUCUUCCUCAUGAAUAUACACAACAGAUAUAGGACGAUCUACUUUGCUCGGUCCGGGCAAUCUUUAAUUGAACAUUCCUACAAGGCAGAUUCGGAUUUAUCCCCAGCUGGUUGGGAAUACGCCGAGAAACUCAAAGAGUUCGUCUUAAAACGCCGGGCAAAAUCACUUGAACAGCGUGGCCUUGACCCAAACUCUUCUAGGCUUGUGAUCUGGACGUCGACGAGGCGCCGAGCCCAUCACACUGCCUGGCCAUUCCUAAAUAACCUUCAGUUGACUCAUUCUCAGACUGUCGAAAGAAUACCAGGUACACCUGCAGAGCCAGCUCCUGGUCACAACACUACGAAGUCGUCAUCCAUAUAUGCACCUGCGCUAAAUGUAAAGGUCAUCGAAAAGCCGCAAAUGUCCGAGAUAAACCCUGGUAUUUGGGACGGCCUGUCGCCCGACCAAGCUCGAAAGUAUUACCCACAAGAUUGGGAGCGCUUUGUCAAAGAUCCCUAUGCGUUUCGGGCUCCUAGGGCAGAGAGUUAUCAUGACCUUAGUGUACGACUGGAGCCGAUUCUUAUCGAGUUGGAGCGUGAGCGAGAGGAUCUUCUUAUCAUUGGACAUGCCUCUGUCAUUCGCUGUCUACUUGCCUACCUAAUCGGCCUUCCGGCGUCAGAAAUCCCUGCAAUUGAGAUUGCAAGAGGCGAUCUACUCGAGGUUGUCCCGGCCUCCUAUGGCGUUCACAGUACGGCAUUCCAUUUCUGGGACGGACCCGGAAGACAUGGUGGUGAAGACACGGAAUAUGCUGGUAGCGACGGUGACAACGAGAACAACUUUUACGAAAAUUAUGCCGAGGAUACGAAGGGGAAACGAAAAGCGGUUCCAGAUUCCGGGAGUCUUGAUGGCCUGCCUAUCGUCACAGAUUGUGUAUAAUUUGACUUUGGCAUUUGUUCAUAGGUGUAGGUUGGGCACAGACUAGAUAGAAAUAUCCGACAAGAGGUACAGUAAGCUUAUGCAUUAUAGAUAGUCCUUAAUCUCAUCGAUCCUGUCCUGGGUGAAACAUUCUGGGCGGU